CUCAUAAGGCCGUAGGGGGGUAGUUGAUGUAGGGUGCGUGGGUGGGGGUAUAAAAUUAGCAUAAUCCCAAUCUCCAUCGGCUUCGCUCACCUGUUCGAACCUCCUCUUUGGAAUAAAGGCAUAAUUCUCUAGAAUCUCUCUCUCUUUGUUUUCUUGUAAAUUUCUUUAUCCUCACAGCCCGUGUACAUAAAUAUAUAUAUAUAUAUAUAUCUUUUUCUUUUUUCCCUUUUCAAAUCCCAUCUUUAGGCCAUGUCUACAGUUGUGGAGCUUGAGGUUGAGGGUCAACAACUCGUGAUGAAUAACAUUCAGGAUCUAUCCAUUCAAGACCAGAAAAUGAAGGGCAUCUCUGAGGAAAGCCACCAAGUUGGCUGCGAGAACAAUCAUCAUGGUGUGUGUGCCAUAUGUUUGAAUAAGAUAGUGCUUCAAGAAACUGCUCUUGUAAAAGGUUGCGAGCACGCCUACUGUGUGACUUGCAUCCUUCGGUGGGCAACCUACAAAGAGAAACCAACAUGCCCUCAGUGUAAACAUCCAUUUGAGUUUCUCUACAUCCAUCGCUCACUUGAUGGAAGUAUUCAGGACUACAUGUUCGGGGAGAGCGUCUGCCUUCUCCUGAGAGCAACAUGGUUCAAACCCUUGAUCGUGGAGGAGAAAUUAGAAGUCAAUGAUGAAAUGGAUCACCUCUAUGCAUAUGCAUAUGAGGAUGACGAAGAGCUAGAAGACUUUUAUUAUACUAGCUCACCAAGUCUCCGCAUAGGCAACAGGAGAUGGGGCGAUAAUGGUUAUGUCAGGGCAGGAAGGCAAGAAGCUAGGCCAGCUCAUCGUCCAAACUCCCAGGAUUUAGGUGCUGGCUCUUCAUCACGCCAGGCUAAGAAGAAAGACGCUGCUGCUGGUCCUAAAGAAACUGUUGGCCGGCGUGCAAAGAGAGCACUCAAACGUGAAGCUGCUGAUAAGGCGGCUGCUGAAAAGCACCAACAGCAUUUGGUGAGGCUUGGUCGGAUAUGAGUUUGCUCCAUCUCUAACUUAAAGAUAAUGACAUAAUGAAUCACCACUGUACAGUAUCUAGUUUCUUUCGUUUGUAGAAUAAUGCCCGCAGUUUAGAUGCUGCAUUUACUAAUUGCGAUGAACCAUUUCAUGCCUGUUAUAUCUUUCGGAGAUAAAUUUAUGACAAUGGGGAAGCAAGAGACUUAUUUUCACCAUUAGAUGUACAUUGUUAGGUAAAACUUCAACUCCUUUAUAAAAGGUGAUUGUUUUUAUUUAAUUCUUCCAUGGUUCGAAUGAGGUAAUAUAAUUGGAGGAUUAGCAUAA